AUGAACAACUUAAAUGGCAAGCAAAGCGCCACAAAUACAAACAGUCGAAAUACUCCCCUAAACAAACCGUUGAACCACGCGUCAUCUAUUAGUGUAUCAGACUCACAUGCCAAGAAUGCUAAUCAAUUACUCAAUGCAUACAUAUAUGACUUUUUAGUCAAGAGCAAAUUACCACAAACUGCUAAAAUAUUUGUUAAUGAAGCUGAAGUUCCAUCAGUCGCUUCACCACCAGGUUCUCAAAUACUGCAAAAUCAACAACAACAGCUGACUCCGGGAAAUGAUGCCACAGCAAAUUCACAAAGACAACCACUGCAAUCACCGCUGCAAAUGAAAUUUUACAAGGAACAUGAUCUACCAAGAAUGAGCAUAGCUAUGGAUUCCCCACAAAGUUUUUUGUUCGAGUGGUGGCAGAUCUUUUGGGACAUUUUUCAAGCCAAAAAUGGUGGCUUCAACACCGGCUCAGCUCAAGAUCAAAAUGGGAAGUCAAAUUUAGCUUUGAGGUAUUACCAAUUGCAAUUAUUGAAACAAAGACAACAACAACAGGAACUAGCCGUGGCUGUACCUGCAUCCAUGUCAAAUUUUCAACAACAGCAGGCGUUGCAAGCAAUGCAAGCACAACAGUCUCAACAAGCACAACAAGCACAACAAGCGCAGCAAAUACAAGGUUCACAACCUCAAUCACAACCUCAAUCACAAUCUCAACAGGGUCCUUUACCACCACAAACUCAGUCAGAGGCACAAGCACACGCACAGGCGCAAAUGCAGGCACAAGCGCAACUUCAAGCACAAGCGCAAGCCCGAGCACAAGCACAAGCACAAGCACAAGCACAAGCACAAGCACAAGCACAAGCACAAGCACAAGCACAAGCACAAGCACAGGCACAGGCACAAGCACAAGCGCAACAAGCUAAUUCACGUCCUCAGCCGCAAAAUCAACAACAACAAGGACCAAACGCACCAUUUGCAAAUACACAUCAGGCACAUUCUCAAGCUAAUCCCCAAUUGAUGCAACAACCUAGUGGACCUGGAGGACCCAACCGGGCACAACAAAUUCCAUCCCAACCUACAUCGGCAACAUCAGCACAUUUCCCGAAUAUGGGACCUGCUAAUGCCCAGCCCAUGUUCCCAACAAAUCAACAAUUUGCACCACAGCAGCAACAGCAGCAGCAACAACAACAACAACAACAACAACAGCAGCAGCAGCCACCGCCGCAAAGACAAUUCCCGAAUAUGGCUAAUCCCCAAUUUGGUAACAACCCCUCAAUAGAUCAACAGAGAAUGAUGAUGCUAAUGAAGCAGCAGGCGGCAACUGCGGCUGCUGCUGCUCAAAGACAAAUCUCUAUGAAUAUGGGAGGCGAGGAUCAACAACCACAACAAGUUUUACAACGAGGUAAUAUGGGUAGUCCACACAAUAUGAACUUUCAGCAAGAAAUGUUUAUGCAGCAACAAAUGAACCAACAGCCACAGACUCAGCAACAGUUGAAGAAUUCGUUACAGCAACAAGCACAGAACCAGAUGAACACCUUGCGCCAACAAGCACAGCAGCAGAAUCCGCAAUUAAAUGCAGGUAACAGCAGUGGUCCAUCUGCACAAAAUUCACCUGCCGGUCCCUGGCAACAACAACAACAGCAACAGCCACAAGCAUCACGUGGAAACGCCUCACCUUUCCCUAAUGGUCCGCCAAGCAAUCAGUUUAUCCCCGCAGGUCCAGGCGGCAAUGGCGGAAACCCUAAUGCACAAGCACGAGGACAAAAUAACAAUCAACCAAUACGCGGUCAGGCUGGGGUAAAAGGCAGGAACACUGGUCCAAAUGGAAAACUGGCUAUUUCUAAUGCAAAUAUCAAGGCACCACCAGGUGCCAAUGCCCCCAAUGGUAGAAACAGCAACGCUUUACAGGAUUACCAAAACCAACUUAUGCUUUUAGAGAAACAAAAUAAGAAGAGAUUAGAAAUUGCUAGAAAUAAUGGAUCAGAUUCCAACUUAACAGCUUCGAAUGGACCAGGACAACAACAACAACAGGACUCAAUGAAUAGUCAAUCAAAAUCUCUGCAUACGACACCAGCCAUGUUUAGUGCAGCACCGCCUCAAUUCAACCAAAAGCCUUCACCAGCAACAACAAACAGUUCACCAUUAAUCAAUAAUAAACCAUCGCCAGCAAUGGGCAAUAAGAAACCAAAGAAGGAAUCUACAGGCAGAAGAAGCAGGAAACAAAGUGUUGCAUCCACACAAGCAAGCACGCCGUCAAACACUGGAGUCGAUGGUAAACAAACACCAUCAUCGCAACAACAAGGCCCACCUAGUACGUCACAAAACCAACCUCAACUUCAAAGAAGAGGUUCUUACACGCCAAAUGUUGGUAGAAAGGAGUUUACGCCACUUACACCAGUUAGUGAGCCCGUGACUGAUAACAAAAAGAAACGAAAAAUGAAUACCGUUGCUGAAUCGCCUCGUAACCAGAGAACCACAGCACAAAAGACCACGACAUCAACCACAGAAACAAAACAACAAGCCCAAUCAGUCGGUCCUUCUAAGAAGAAAUCCGCUAAAGGAGGCGUUCAAUUUGAAGAAAAAAGUACUGGCAAUCACAAGGUAACAACUGACAACCAAACUGGCAACUCAAAUCCAACCAAUCAAGAACCUUAUCUCAAGAAUGAAUUUGACGAUUUCAGUGAGGCUUUUGUUGCGUCUGCAGCACCAACACAUUCUUCGUUCCAUGAUGAUCAUUUAGGAGGUCCUUCGUCUUCUUCAAAUGCGGGACAAAAUUUCUUCAAUGUUGAUUUGUUGUCAGAUACGCAUAAUCGGACACGUGGCUCAAGUAAUAACGGUGCUCUUGGUGGUGGCAGUGGUAGUGGAGACGGCAGUGGCAAUAAUAGCGGUGGAUCUGGUGGAUCUGGUGGACCUGGUGCUAAUAUCAAUAGUGAUUUAUUUGGUGGCACUGGUGCUGGUGUUAAUUCGACUGCGUUUGACGAUAUUGAAUUUGAUAUUAAUCAGUUGUGGGGUGAUGAGAAUGUUGCUGAUCUGGGAUUGAAUGAUGAUCUUGGGUUUAAUUGGAAUGUGGAUGCAAUUGAAAAUGGUGAUUAA